AUGUUCCCCAAGUACACAAGGGCUGACAUCCAGAUAAGAGGAUACAAGUAUCUGGAGGUGAUUGCAGUACGUCCAAACGGCGGACUCUCAACUCCGGUAGCGAAUAUCUCGACCCUCCACAAGUUUGCUGCAUUCAAGAAACAAAUACUUGUCUUUUUCUCAGCGAAUUUCUUCUUCUUUCUAAUCCCUCAUUAUUCAACAGCUAUGGCUACAGAAUUUCCCGUAGAAAGCUCGCCAAGCAAAAUGGCCGAGCCUCGAGCUGCACUGAACAUUCGACCGCAUCCACUUCAAAUUAUUACGGACCAAGAAAUAUCGCGGGCUAGGAUAAUUGUUGAAAAUCUGGCGCAAGAGCAGAGUGCGAGCGGCGACAAUGCUACAAGAGUUCGGUACAAGAGCAUCUCGCUUCAUGAGCCCCCAAAGGCGCUACUCUUGCCCUACCUCAACGCCGAAGCAGCUGGAGAACCAAAAUCGGAAAGACCAUUCGUCCCAUGA